CCCCUCUGCCCCAUUUUAUUACCCCGGAUGGAGGGUGGACAUUCUGCCCAUCGAGGUGAAGCUUGCUAUGGAUACAGUCGUUGGUAGCCGCGUAGCCUCGCUUACGAAAACCGGGUGGUUCGUUGAAUUUCGGGUUUGCCGGGGGCUGUGAAACAUCCUACGUCGUACCCGAGGACCAGACGUAUAAUAUAGGGAGUCUAGGACCUCCUAAAGCUGAGUCAGUCCCCAGCUAACGGUUCUCAGCCUGCAGACAAAAUGCCACACCACUCAAAAUCACCAGUGUCACUAGACGUCAUCGUCGUGGGAGCCGGCCUGAGCGGCCUCGCCUCGGCCAUCUCGUGUGCUCUCUCCGGACACAAUGUCACGAUCUUUGAGUCUACCGACGAACUCUCAGAAGUCGGCGCCGGCCUGCAGGUAACGCCCAACUCAUCUCGCCUUUUGCAGCAAUGGGGCCUACCCGAUAAGCUCUGGGAGACGGCAGCUGAGCCGACCUAUCUCGCCGUUCACAAAUACACCGGCCAAACUCUGGCCAUGGAAGAGAACUUUGACGAAAAGAUGCGGGCCAAGUACGGAGCCCCGUUUAUCGACAUCCACCGGGUUGACCUCCAAAUGUCCAUGUUCGAUCGGGCCAAGGAUCUCGGCGUCAAAUUCUACUUCGGCGAAAAGGUUGAAAAUAUCGACUUCAGCAUCCCUCAAAUCACCACCAAAUCAGGCGUCACUGCCAAAGCGGACUUGAUCAUCGCUGCCGACGGCAUUUGGUCUCGAAGCCGCAACUUGUUUUUGGGGACGAAGGACCAACCGAAACACACCGGAGAUCUGGCGUACCGCAUUGUUCUUAGUCUGGACCAGAUCAAGGACCCAGAGCUUCAAGAAUGGGUCAAGAACCCAUCUGUCCACUUCUGGAUCGGCCCCGGAGCUCACGCUGUCGGCUACUCGCUACGUGGCGGAGAAAUGUAUAAUAUCGUCUUGCUGGUGCCGGAUGACCUGCCAGAAGGUGUGAGCCGACAAGCUGGAUCCGUGGAUGAGAUUAGGGAACUGUUCAAGGACUGGGAUCCAAUCCUGACCAAAUUUCUCAACGUUGUAGAGAGUGUCGACAAGUGGAGGUUGAUGCAUCGAAAUGAGCUGCCUUCGUGGGUGAAUGAUAGGAAGAAUUUCGUAUUCGUGGGAGACGCCUGUCACCCCAUGCUCCCAUACCUUGCACAAGGAGCAAACUCUGCCGUCGAAGAUGGUGCAGUAUUAGGCCUCCUCUUGGGCCACAUCCAAUCAAAAUCGCAGUUGCCACAGGCGCUGAUGCGUUACGAACGCCUUCGCAAGGCGAGAGGUGAGGCGAUUGUGAAGGAAACCUUUAAGCAGAGGGCAGCUUUUCACAUGAUGAAUGGCCCUGAGCAAGAAGCCCGAGAUGAGCUAUUCCUAUCGCAGCUUGGAAAGGAACUCAAGGGGCCAUUCCCCAGUCGAUGGACGUGUCCGGAAGUCCAGCCUUGGCUAUACGGAUAUGACGCAUAUAAAGAGGUUGAAGAAGUCGUCAAGAAGGAACCUUUUACUGAGAAAAAGACUAGAGGUCCUGGUGGCUUGAUCUCGCGGAUCCUUGCCUUCUUGAGACUCAGUUGUUGAGAAUCGACGUCACCAGAGGUACUGCUAUAUAUAAUCCAAAUUUCCUUAUUGUAUGAGCUACUGUAUCUUCGGGUACUGGGUGUAGUGAUAAAUGUGUGACUCUAUUGUUAGCAACUACAACGGGGCUUUGAUCUAUCUGACAUUGAGCACGGUUAGAAAGAAUACCAAAUAUAUCUCCAUUUUAUGGUGGACAUGCU